AUGCCAAAGUUGAUGAUCUCACAAACCUCAACUUCAACCAUGUCCAUACUUCUCCUUGUAGCUUUCUUGGCCCUCACUCCCACCAUUGAAGCCCUAUGCUCAGACACCGUGUUCACUUCUCUCUCAUCAUCCGGCUUCACACUCUUUGCUCAUGCUUUGCAUUCCCACAACCUCACCGCCACCGCCAACACUACCGUCACCUGUUUCAUCCCGCCCGAUGACAGCUUCUUAGGCCAACCCCUCAAUGCCAACACCCUCCGAGCUCACAUCUACAUGUCGGAGGCCUUGCCUUACCAGUCCCUCCUUAGGCUUCCACUGAACACCACCCUCCCAGCUCUCCACCACAACACAAGGCUUGUUUUCGGCACUGAUGGCAAAAGGGUCUCUUUCAAUGACGUUCUUGUCACUGCCCCGAAUCUCCACAUUGAUGAUUCUUGUGUUGUUCAUGGCGUUGAAGGGCCUUUGGUGCCAAUCCCAUCAUUGAUGGAUGAUGUCCUGAGGCCAAGAACCGAGACUCUGCCAUCUCCAGCCUUGCCAAAGCAUCGGGGUCAUCGUCGGUUCGCAGAGAUUGUCAGGUUUGUUCGUCGUGCACCCAAUCCAGUUAUUGUGGAUGGGGAUCAAGACACCUACCUCCCUUGA